AUGAAGGCCGUCCAGAUCGCCAAAAAUGGCGGCCCCGAAGUCCUCGAAUACAACGACAUCCCUGUGCCUAAACCCUCCGCGGGCCAGAUCCUAGUCAAGAACCACUUCGCCGGCGUCAACUACAUCGACACCUACUUCCGCGCCGGCCUCUAUCCCGCGCCCUUCUUCCCCUUGACCAUGGGCCGCGAGGCUUCAGGCGAGGUCGUGGCCGUCCACGACUCCGUCUCCAGGUUCGCGCCCGGAACCCGCGUCGCUUACAUGGCCGGCGGAGAGUCUGCGACUUACGCCGAGUAUACCGCCGUGGACGCCGAGAAGGUCGUGGCCAUCCCCGAGGGUUUGUCCAGCGAGCACGCCGCGGCGAUUUACCUGCAAGGGCUGACGGCCUGGACGUUUAUUCGCGAGGCGGGCGAGGUCAAGGCCGGCCAGUGGACGCUGGUGCAUGCUGCGGCGGGAGGCGUGGGCACGCUGUUGGUGCAGAUGCUCAAGAGCGUUGGGGCCAAGAUCAUUGCGACGGCGAGCACGGAUGAGAAGCUUGCGCUGGCCAAGAAGCACGGUGCGGAUUAUCUCGUCAACUCCAACGAUGACAUUGUCAGCAAGGUCAAGGAGAUUACGGGCGGUCACGGCAUCGACGCCAUCUUUGACGGUGUUGGCAAGGCGACGUUUGAUGCCGAUCUGCAGAUGAUUGCUCUCAAGGGCCACCUCAUCUCAUUCGGCAACGCUUCUGGAGCUGUCCCCCCUGUCAACAUCCUGCAGCUCGGCCCCAAAAACGUCAAGCUCAUGAGACCCAUCGUCAAUGGCUACGUCUCUGAAAGAGCAGACCUUGAAAGGUACACGUCCGAGCUCUUUGACCUUGUCAUCUCCAAGAAGCUAGAGGUCAACAUCCACAACAUCUACUCCCUCAAGGAUGCCGCCCAGGCGCACAUUGAUCUAGAAAGCAGAAAGACAACGGGCAAGCUCCUGAUCAAGAUCAACUAG